UAGUUGCACCACAUUAAAAGCAUAAUAAUAACAACUGAGUUUGUCCACCGGAUCCCCUCGUCAAGAGAGUCGAGCCGCGGACCCAAGCAUGAAGGUUUUGAGCGUCGGUGAGCUGCACAGCGCCGAGAAGCGUCUCAAGAGGCUCAUCCCGGAGAGCCUGACGGUUUAUGGAUUCCUGUACGGUAUAAACCGAAACAAGCCGAGCACGCUGGAAGUGGUCGUUGACGCCUGGCCCGACUUUAAGGUCAUCAUUUGCCGACCCGAUUCCAGGAAGAAGGGCGCUCUGGACCACAGGAAACGGGUGACCGUCUACAGCACGGACGCGCAGAUCCUGCGGCGCGUGUUGGCCGAGGAGAACGCCAUCGACUGGAGCAUCCGUUCCUUCCUCGGAGGAUUCAACACUCGCCAUGCUCCCAUCUUAAAACAAGUGGCCUCUGCCAGAGGCAUCGGGGUCAGGUGGUUUACCAACGCGCACCUUAUGUAUCUGCCGGACUGCAGCCUUCUCCCCUCAUCAGAAGUGGACAGCGAGACUGAGUCGAGGAUAUCGCCGCUGAACAUUUCCCACGUCGAAUUGGUGAACAAAACUUGGAAGUUCGGAGGAGACGAAAACGGGUACAGAACUAUCGAAAACCUCAUAAGCAACUUUCCUUCGUGCUGCAUCACCGACGGCCAGGGCCGGCCCGUGUCCUGGAUCCUGGUCUACGACUACUGUGCCAUGGGCAUGCUGCACACUCUGCCAGAGCACAGAGGGAAAGGCUACGCCAAGGUUCUGAUUUGCAGCAUGGCCAAGAAACUCCAGGCUCUGGGUUAUCCGGUGUACUGCUUCGUAGAGGAGGAGAACGCGGUGUCGCACAGGCUGUUUACAAAACUGGGCUUCAUCGAAGACCCCUCUUACAGGGCUACCUGGUUUGAAUUCAACUUCUAGCACUUUUUCUUUUUAAUGUUGCUUCAUGACGGGCAAUGCAAUUCCAGUGUGUCGAUUUCAAGUAUGUCCCGGUGUGUCUGAAGCUUGCCGUCUUGUCAUAAUCAGCCCACGCAGGGCAAGUCGGAAAGUGGAAGGCCGAGGGAGGGAGCUCGGCCUCAGCAAACCCGACAACCGAGCGGCCUGCCGUGCUCUUUCAAGCCAACCCGCAUUUUCAGACGGCCGAUAUGAAAACCCACCAGUCUUCCUAGAACCUGCCUUAGAUGAUUUAUACCCACCUGCAGGAGGACAGGUAGCUCAUGCAGUCCAACAGAAACAAAAGCUUAGUCACACACGCCGUGUUCUUAAAAACGUCUUUUCUGUAACUCCGCACACUUUGCAAUGCCUCCGUUUCUUUAUUCGUAAAAGAAAAUGGUGAGUUUCAUUAAUAUUCAAUUCCACAAUUAUAAAACUACCCAGUGCCGGACAGCUGUUGUAAUACUGUAAAACAAGAAUGUGAAGGAACCAUUCUCAGAAUGGGAAGUAACAAGUCUCAGAAUGUGAAGGAACAGGUGUUACCAAAAAUAUAACCUUUCCUGAUAGGAGUCAUGUCAGAACCAUGAUUCAUUUCCAUGAAUUAAGAGGUUUGCGUUUACUUUUCGUAUGGAUCACUCGUUAAUUAUAGGUUUGUAGUCACGCUUUAAUGACAGUGAUCCAGAGAAAGAAACCCAAAACAUUGCAAAUAUCACCGAGGUCUUGCAAACGACGAAGCUUUUGAGGUUUUACAAAUUUGACUUCGGUCCCCGUCACGUCUCCCGCGGUCUCCCGAGUGGGACUCAGCCCAAAUCAGCCGACCGCACCUUAAUACGUGGGAAUAACGGUAGAUUUCAGUACUCGGGUAUUCCCACGCCCAGGCCUAGAACCCUUCAGUCUGCACUGGCUGACGUGCACAACCAACUGCUCUACUGCAAGAGAGGCGCGAGAAGGACUUUGUCUCAGUAAAAAGAGGCCACGAUCGACAAAAGGUGCGACGUUCGGAGGCAGGGAUGAUUUCAAGUUGUCCAUCUGCAAUGAGGAAACCCCCUGUAUUUAAUUAAAAAUGGCCAGUUUAUGUGACUACAAGGAGUGCAAAAAAAAGAAAAAGAAAAGCUGGACGGUGUAUAUUGUUGGUUUUGGUAAAGACAAAAGGUGGACAGGGAGUGUCCGAGACACCUGGCUUCAACCUUUCAACCGGCGUGUCAAGCUGCCUCGACACCUCAUCAUGCAGUACUCCCAACACACUGGCCACAUUCACAACACUACGCCGUGUGUGUAAUAAGAAAUAGAUGGAGGUUUUCUUUUUUGGGUGCUCAACCUUUUCGGGGAUUGGCACCUAUGACACGUCAUAGAUGCCAUAGUGGAUGGCGGUGCAAAUUUACGUUUGCGGCAGCCUCACCCAGUACCGUCCACGCAGUGUCUUUGUCCACAUCUAAGUUUUGUCUUCGUUUGACGAUUGGGACAGCUGGCGCUGGAUUGGCUGGGAGAGCCUGGUCUGCUGCAUCCUGAGGGCCCAGGGACCACGGCCCUGCCUGGAGCUGCGCCCGAAGAGGAAACACCGAGGGCGGCCUGACAGGACGCAGAAGCGGGGCAGGCUAAGCUAACUGCUAGCCCAUGCAGACCAGACGUUCCGACAGUCAUCCUGGCUGGCGUUCACUCUCCUGGACAGUGAUUUUUUUGUUGUUGUUUAGUUUAGAGAUAUGUGUUCUUGUAGUGUUUCGAUGUGUUCUUGUCUGUGUGUUGCACUGCUGUGUGCUGGGGAAAAGACAUUUCGUUUCAGGUGCCCAAGUGCAUGAAAUGAAACGACAUACCAAGUGUUACUGAUUCAAAGUUGCAUGACAGCCGUUUCUCACUAACCCACCUAUUGUAUGUUAAGGGUUGCCGAUUUCUACGGCAACCUCACAGAUGAGGAACUCGGUAAUGCUGCCAGGAAGUUACAGCGCAUGUUCCCGAAUUCUGGAUACCGCGUGAUGCAGGGUUAUCUGCAAGCAAGAGGCAUCAGGGUUCAAGGUAGUAAAAAUAAAAUGAACGCAUGUGUCCAUAAACUGUUUAGUCUUACAUAUGUCGUGUUUUACCUGUACAUGCAGAGACAAAGGGAAAGGUUCACAUAUCCCCACCCUGAUAAACAACACGGCAGCAUAAUCAUCACUGGUUUUGGUUGUUCUGCCACUUUGUUUAUUUACAAGGGGGAGGAUACCUGCAGAGGUCACUUAGAUGAGUGAUGCAAUGUGUCAAUAAACGUCGUGUCCAGAUGAACUGACUCGCCUCGGAGCUAGUUAAUCUUUUUUUAAAGAAAAGUUUCCCGAGCAGAUUGAGUUCUCUUAAGUUUAUGCAUCACUUUGCAACGCUUUCGAGCCAGCGUGCAAAAACUCGGGUUCUCCAGAGUGUUGAUAGCGGUUGAUACCCUGCUGGGCCUGUUGGUAAGUAAUGCCAGUGAGAAACAGAAAAAUAAACUUGGACAAAAGAGUUCAAAUUCCCUAAAACCACCACCAGACUAAAGUGAAUGAACAGGCCAGUGAUCGCAUAUCCCUUGGAGGCGGUUUUCUUCUCGCCAUCAGUUUUAAAUUAAACUUGACUAGUGAUCAAAAGUUUCUGUCUAAUCAUGUGGAUAAUGCACAGACGUUAAUUAAACGAAUAAACAAAUAGUUGGAGACUAUUACCAGGCAGAUUUCCAUAGCUUGUAUUAUUUCCAAUGUUGCCAGAAGGCAUUUUUAUGAUUUUGGCCUAUUGAGUAUCGUGCUGGCUGAAAGCCACUGUUGUUCUCCAGUUUUCUCUGUAAAACUUGGACCCUCAC